UUGUACACACAAGCACUUCCCUAUCCAGUUUAUACUAGGCGAGCAAUUUCCGUCCUCAUAUGGAAUUUAAUUUCGUUCAUAACUCUACUUUAAAAAAAAAAUGGCGUGUCAUGCAUUGGAAAACAUGCAUUAUUAGCAGCUAUGGUUGGUUGAUGUCUUGAAUAGCUAACUUCUUCAAUCACAUAUAUAAAAAUGUUAGAUUUUAGUUCAUUUCCUUACACUUAUCCAAGGAGAGACUUCAUUUCUAUUGUUCUGGAAUAAAAAUGGAGAUCAGUAGUUAUGAUAUACGUAGCCUUAGUAGUUUGAGAAAUAACUCCAUGGAAGUUUUCUCCCAGUCGUCUCGUGAAGAAGGCGAUGAAGAAGCUCUUAAAUGGGCUGCUUUGGAGAGACUCCCUACGUAUUUACGUAUAAGGAGAGCUAUCUUCAAUCAAAAAGAGCUCGACGUAAACAGCCUUGGAGUUAUAGAGAGAAAGAAUCUGUUGGAGAGGCUAGUGAAAUUUGCAGAGGAAGAUAAUGAGAAAUUCUUGUUGAAGCUUAGGGACCGCAUUGAGAGAGUUGGACUUGAUAUGCCAACCAUUGAAGUGCGAUUUGAGCAUUUGAAUGUUGAAGCAGAAGCUUAUAUUGGAAGCAGAGCCUUGCCUACAAUCUUCAACUUUUCUGUUAAUUUGCUAGAGGGAUUCUUGAAUUAUCUUCGUAUUUUCCCUAGUAAAAAGGAACCAUUGUCAAUCCUUCACGAUGUUAGUGGAAUCAUCAAACCCAGAAGAAUGACGCUGCUGCUAGGCCCGCCAAGUUCAGGCAAGACGACGUUACUAUUGGCUUUGGCUGGAAAACUUGGAAAAGAUCUGAAAUUUUCAGGAAGGGUCACAUACAAUGGACAUGGGAUGGAAGAUUUUGUACCGCAAAGGACAUCAGCUUAUAUAAGUCAAUAUGAUCUUCAUAUAGGAGAAAUGACUGUCAGAGAGACUCUGGCUUUCUCUGCAAGAUGUCAAGGAGUCGGACCUCGCUACGAGAUGUUGGCAGAAUUAUCAAGAAGGGAGAAGGCGGCAAAUAUCAAACCAGACCCCGACAUUGACGUCUAUAUGAAGGCAGCAGCACUAGAAGGGCAAGAGACCAACGUAGUUACGGAUUAUAUUAUCAAGAUUUUAGGACUUGAAGUGUGUGCUGAUACCAUGGUGGGUGAUGAAAUGGUGCGAGGCAUCUCUGGCGGACAAAAGAAACGAGUCACAACAGGGGAAAUGCUGGUUGGACCGGCAAGAGCACUCUUCAUGGAUGAGAUAUCAACUGGUUUGGAUAGUUCAACAACUUUUCAGAUUGUGAACUCACUAAGACAAUCUAUUCACAUUCUCAAUGGAACUGCCCUUAUCUCUCUUCUCCAACCAGCACCAGAAACUUACGAUCUUUUUGAUGACAUAAUUCUUCUGUCCGAUGGACACAUUGUUUAUCAGGGUCCACGUGAAAAUGUGCUCGAAUUCUUUGAGUAUAUGGGCUUCAGAUGUCCUGAGAGGAAAGGAGUUGCUGAUUUCUUACAAGAAGUAACUUCAAGGAAAGAUCAAGAGCAGUACUGGGCACUUAGAGAUAAGUCUUAUAGCUAUGUUUCUGUGAAGGAGUUUUCUGAAGCAUUUCAAUCAUUUCAUAUUGGGCGAAAACUAGGUGACGAACUUGCUAUACCAUUUGACAAGUCCAAAGAACAUCCUGCUGCUCUAACAAAUGAGAAGUAUGGUAUCAGCAAGAAGGAACUGUUGAAAGCUUGCAUUUCAAGAGAACUUUUGCUUAUGAAGAGGAACUCAUUUGUCUACAUUUUCAAAAUGAUCCAACUUAUUAUUAUGGCUCUCAUAGCAAUUUCAGUGUUCCUGAGAAUGAAAAUGCAUCGCGACACCCUAUCAGAUGGAGCAAUUUAUCUUGGUGCUCUUUUCUUUGCUGUCGUCACACUAAUGUUCAAUGGAUUCACAGAACUUGCUCUGACCAUCAUGAAACUUCCUGUCUUCUACAAGCAAAGAGAUCUUCUGUUCUACCCUCCGUGGGCAUAUGCUCUACCCACAUGGAUUCUCAAAAUUCCAAUCACCUUUAUAGAAGUUUUCAUAUGGGUGAUCAUAACUUAUUAUGUUAUAGGCUUUGAUCCAAAUAUUGAAAGGUUUUUAAAGCAGUACUUGCUACUCCUAUUGACAAACCAGAUGGCAUCCGGACUAUUUCGUUUAAUGGCAGCAUUAGGAAGGAAUAUGAUUGUUGCUAAUACUGUUGGAUCAUUUGCAUUACUUGCAAUAAUAGUUUUGGGUGGAUUCGUCUUAUCACGAGAUGAUGUGAAGAAAUGGUGGUUAUGGGGUUACUGGGCGUCGCCGUUGAUGUAUGUCCAAAAUGCUAUAUCUGUGAAUGAAUUUCUUGGGAAGACUUGGAGACAUGUUCCUCCCUAUUCAAUUGAGCCGCUAGGAGUUAGUUUCUUGAAGUCUCGUGGAAUUUUCCCUGAAGCACGUUGGUAUUGGUUUGGUGUAGGAGCCUUGAUAGGAUAUACCUUUCUAUUCAAUUUUCUUUACACUUUGGCCCUAAAAUAUCUAGACCCAUUUGAGAAGCCCCAGGCUAUACUAUCCAGAGAGACCUUGGCUGAGAAAAAUGCUAAUAGAGGAGAGUUUAUUGAACUAUCAACAAGUGGAGAUUCCUCUUUAGAAAGAGGGAAUGAGAGCCAAAGAAGCAGCCCAUCCAGGAUACAGCCUGCAAAAGUGGGCAGCUGUAGUGAUGCAAAUCAGAAGAAGAGAAAGGGAAUGGUUCUCCCAUUCCAACCCCUUUCUAUGGUUUUUAAUGAAAUAAAAUAUGCUGUGGACAUGCCUCAGGAAAUGAGAGCUCAAGGUAUUCUUGGAGAUCGUCUUGAACUUUUGAAGGGUAUUAGUGGUGCUUUCAGACCAGGAGUCCUAACAGCUCUUAUGGGCAUUAGUGGUGCUGGAAAGACCACAUUAAUGGAUGUCUUGGCUGGAAGAAAAACAGGCGGUUAUAUUGAGGGAAGCAUCUCAAUAUCUGGGUACUCUAAGAAGCAAGAAACUUUUGCUCGCAUAUCAGGAUACUGUGAGCAAACUGAUAUCCAUUCCCCACAUGUUACAGUCUUUGAGUCAUUGCUUUAUUCUGCCUGGCUUCGACUACCCCGGGAGGUUGAUUCUGAUACAAGAAAGAUGUUCAUUGAGGAAGUUAUGGAGCUUGUGGAGCUGAACUCACUAAGAGAAGCGCUUGUAGGAUUGCCUGGUGUAAAUGGUCUUUCAACUGAGCAACGCAAGAGGCUGACAAUUGCAGUUGAGCUUGUUGCCAACCCAUCUAUAAUUUUCAUGGAUGAACCAACCUCUGGCCUCGAUGCGAGGGCAGCUGCCAUAGUUAUGAGAACAGUGAGGAACACGGUAGAUACUGGUCGAACUGUGGUGUGCACAAUACACCAGCCAAGCAUUGACAUAUUUGAUUCUUUUGAUGAGUUAUUUUUAUUGCAAAGGGGAGGUGAAGAAAUUUAUGUGGGUCCGAUAGGCCGCCAUUCUUGUCAUCUGAUAAAGUAUUUUGAGGACAUUGAAGGAAUUCCUAAGAUCAAGGAUGGUUACAAUCCUGCAACUUGGAUGUUAGAGAUCACUUCAGCAGUACAAGAAGCAGCUCUUGGGAUUAACUUCUCCUAUAUUUACAAGAACUCAGAACUCUAUAGUAAAAACAAAGCCUUGAUCGAGGAGCUAAGCACACCUCAACCGGGUGCAAAAGAUUUACAUUUCCCUUCUAAAUACUCGCAACCUUUCUUAACCCAAUGUAUGGCUUGCCUAUGGAAGCAGCAUUGCUCAUAUUGGCGAAAUCCUCCAUAUACUGCAGUGAAAUUCUUGUUUACAACAGUAAUAGCUUUGAUGUUUGGGACGAUAUUCUGGGGUUUAGGCUCCAAAAGAAGGCGGGAACAGGAUAUAUUUAAUGCAGUUGGUUCUAUGUAUGUCGCUCUUCUCUUUAUAGGAAUACAAAAUGCCGUAUCAGUGCAACCAGUUGUGGCUAUUGAGAGAACAGUUUUUUAUAGAGAAAGAGCAGCUGGAAUGUAUUCUGCAUUGCCAUAUGCCUUUGGACAGGUUAUGAUUGAAAUCCCAUAUGUUUUUGUCCAGACUAUUAUAUAUGGGGUCAUAGUUUAUUCUAUGAUUGGAUUUGAUUGGACAGUGAGCAAGUUCUUGUGGUACAUCUUCUUCAUGUACUUCACAUUCCUAUACUUCAGUUUCUAUGGGAUGAUGACUACAGCUAUUACACCAAACCACAACAUUGCUUCUGUAGUUGCAUCUGCCUUCUAUGCGUUGUGGAACCUUUUCUCGGGAUUUAUUAUUCCUCCACCGAGGAUUCCUGUCUGGUGGAGAUGGUAUUAUUGGUCUUGCCCAGUGGCUUGGACUUUGUAUGGACUGGUUGCCUCUCAAUAUGGAGACAUAAAGGACGUGUUAGACACUGGUGAAACGGUGGACCAUUUCCUAAGGACUUAUUUUGGGUUUAGACAUGAAUUUGUUGGAAUUGCUGCAAGUGUUAUAUUUGGAAUCUCCAUGCUCUUCGGCUUCAUAUUUGCCUUGUCUAUUAAAUCAUUUAAUUUCCAAAAAAGAUAAAGAAAUUGGUAUAGGUAAAUGUAAAGUACAUGAAGAAGAUGUACCACAAGAACUUGCUGACUGUCCAAUCAAAUCCAAUCAUGCAAUAAACUAUGACCCCAUAUAUAAUAGUCUGGACAAAACAUUUGGGAUUUCUAUCAGAAUCUGAAAAACAGCACAAUCGUAUUAUCUGAUUAA